AUGGGCAUAGAGCUUCAGAACCACCAGAGCCACCAGGAGGAAGCCAGCCCCGCGGAAGAUCCAGUUUCGCGGUGGCUGAUAAGUACGCCAGAGCCACCAACCAUGUGGCAAGAGCUUGUUAAGUACACAAGAACAAAUGUGUUAUCCAAGAAGAGAAACAAGAAGAAGAACUCAUCUUCGUCUAACCGUAUCUACUCUUUCCUCAAAUCGGUUUUCCCUAUACUUAAUUGGGGAAGACAAUACAAAAUUAAGAUGUUCAAGAAAGAUUUGAUGGCUGGUCUCACUCUCGCUAGCCUUUGCAUUCCUCAGAGUAUAGGAUAUGCUAAUUUGGCUGGACUCGAUCCAGAGUACGGUCUAUAUACAAGUGUGGUACCACCUCUGAUAUAUUCGACGAUGGGAAGUUCGAGAGAGUUAGCGAUUGGUCCUGUGGCUGUAGUUUCGCUUCUGCUUUCGUCAAUGGUUCGUGACCUUCAAGAUCCAAUCACCGAUCCAAUUGCUUACCGGAAAAUUGUUUAUACGGUCACGUUUUUCGCUGGCGCGUUUCAAGCCAUCUUUGGACUAUUCAGGUUAGGGUUUUUGGUGGAUUUUCUGUCACAUGCUGCACUUGUCGGGUUCAUGGCUGGUGCUGCCAUUGUCAUUGGUUUACAACAACUCAAAGGUUUAUUUGGUUUGUCUCACUUUACCAACAAAACCGAUGUGGUUUCGGUUUUAUCUUCAGUGUUCCACUCGCUUCACCAUCCGUGGCAACCUCUGAACUUUGUUAUUGGUAGCUCAUUCCUCAUAUUCAUCCUCCUCGCUAGAUUUAUCGGGAAAAAAUACAAAAAAUUGUUCUGGAUUCCAGCGAUGGCACCGCUAAUAUCAGUGGUAUUAGCAACCCUAAUCGUGUAUCUAACCAAUGCUGAGACACGAGGGGUUAAGAUUGUUAAACACAUUAAACCAGGGUUUAACCGACCUUCGGUUAACCAGUUACAGUUUAACAGCCCACAACUCGGUCACAUCGCCAAAAUUGGUCUUAUUUCUGCAAUCAUCGCUCUCACGGAAGCAAUCGCAGUAGGAAGAUCGUUUGCGACGAUUAAAGGAUAUCGUCUAGAUGGGAACAAAGAGAUGAUGGCAUUAGGAUUUAGCAACAUCGCUGGCUCCUUAACUUCUUGCUAUGUAGCAACCGGAUCAUUCUCGAGGACAGCGGUGAAUUUUAGUGCUGGUUGCGAAACAGUGGUGUCGAACAUUGUAAUGGCGAUUACAGUGAUGGUUUCUCUUGAAGUCUUGACAAGGUUUCUCUACUUUACACCAACCGCAAUUCUCGCCUCCAUCAUUCUCUCGGCGCUUCCGGGACUAAUCGACAUCUCCGGCGCUUUGCACAUUUGGAAGCUCGACAAACUUGAUUUUCUUGUCCUCAUCGCCGCCUUUCUUGGUGUCCUCUUUGCCUCCGUUGAGGUCGGCCUUCUUCUUGCCGUGGGGAUAUCGUUUGCGAGGAUAAUGUUGAGCUCGAUAAGACCAAACAUUGAGGCUUUAGGGAGGUUGUCAAAAACAGAUAUCUUUGGUGACGUAAAUCAGUAUCCAAUGGCUAUUAAGACUCAAGGAUUAUUGACUCUUAGAAUUAGCUCUCCGUUGCUAUGCUUUGCCAAUGCCAAUUUUAUUAGAGACAGAAUACUGAAAUCAGUUGGAGAAGUAGAAGAAGAGGAAGAUGAACAAGAAGUUAAAACGGACAAUGCUAUUCAAGUAGUAAUUCUCGACAUGUCAUGCGUAAUGGGCGUAGAUACAUCAGGAGUAGUUGCACUUGAAGAACUACAUCAAGAGCUGGCUUCUAAUAACAUCCGGUUAGUGAUCGCUAGUCCGAGAUGGAGGGUGCUUCACAAAUUGAAGCGAGCAAAGUUGGAGGAGAAAGUGAAAGAAGAAAAUAUAUUCAUGACAGUAGGAGAAGCCGUAGAUACUUACUUAAGAGUUAGAACUACGUCGCACGAUUUGUGUUGA